GGUGGAUUGUAUGCUAUUUGCUAUACAAACAGUUGUGAUCGGCCGCUCAGACCGGACGAAUCAAAGUUUUCGACCCGGAAAGAAGUACACUUACAAUUCCUCAGAUUCCCGCCAAACUCCCACAGUAAAUAGUUUUGUAGUACAAUUAAGUGAGAGAGUGUUGUAGAUCAAUUAGUGAAGGUUUCUCGUGAUAAAUUGUUGUUGUACCAGUCCAAGUUCACCUGAAAAAUUCUAGUGUUUUAAAAACCAUAUUUGAAGUCUUGACCAAGGUGAACAUCUAUCGAGAUGUUUCUUCCUAUCUCUACUUUCUUGGGAAAAAUCUAUCAGGCGCUUUCGCGGCGGAAACGUCAGGAAGAUAAUGCAGCAGAAUCUAAAUUGGCACGAGUACUGUCGCUCUUUGACCUCACAGCACUUGGAGUGGGCAGCACCCUUGGUCUUGGUGUCUACGUGCUCGCAGGCUCAGUAGCCAGGGAGUUGGCUGGUCCUGCAGUGACCAUAUCCUUCCUGAUUGCUGCGAUUGCAUCUGCUGCCUCAGGACUAUGCUAUGCCGAGUUCGCGGCACGUGUCCCAAAAGCUGGAUCAGCCUAUGUGUACAGCUAUGUGAGCAUAGGCGAAUUUGUAGCCUUCACCAUUGGAUGGAAUCUCAUCCUUGAAUAUGUGAUAGGAACAGCAAGCGUUGCUCGAGGUUUGAGUGGAUAUCUCGAUUCACUCAUUGAUGAGAAAAUGUCGCAAGCUCUGAGAAAUCUUUUUCCAAUCAAUGUGGACUUUCUGGCUGAAUAUCCUGACUUCUUCACCUUCAUCGUAGUGAUUCUUCUGGCUGUUCUUCUUGCGAUUGGAGUCAAAGAAUCUACUCUAUUUAACAAUGUCUUUACAGCAGUUAAUAUGGCUACCAUUUUGAUCAUAAUUAUUGCUGGAAGUAUUAAAGCAAAUCCGGACAAUUGGAACAUUCAAACUGAGACUGUAGAUACUUGUGCAACUGUCAACUGUGGAUCAGGAGGAUUCAUGCCAUUUGGAAUUGCAGGAAUAAUGGCAGGUGCAGCCAAGUGUUUUUACGGUUUUGUUGGAUUCGACGUUGUAGCAACUACUGGAGAAGAGGCCAAGAAUCCCAAGCGAAACAUCCCUCUGUCAAUCGUUUUAUCCCUCAUCAUAAUAUUUCUCGCAUAUUUCAUCAUCUCCACAAUUUUGACCAUGAUGGCGCCAUACUAUGAGUUAGAUGCCAAUGCACCUUUUCCGCAUGUUUUUGAUGCAGUUGGUUAUGUGGAGGUCAAAUGGGUGGUAACAAUUGGGGCCAAUUUUGCUCUCUGCACUUCACUUUUGGGUGCAAUGUUUCCUCUGCCGAGGGUUUUAUAUGCAAUGGCAAGUGACGGGAUCCUCUACAAAUUCCUGCAGAAUGUAUCUCCAAGGACUAAAACACCUGUGACAGCAACAUUGAUUUCAGGAGUCUUAGCGGCCAUUAUGGGGGCCAUCUUCAAUCUUCAUCAAUUGAUUGAUAUGAUGUCAAUUGGGACACUUCUAGCCUAUACCAUCGUGGCUAUAUGCGUUUUGGUGCUACGUUACCAGGACGAGAAUAUGUGUGAGAACUCAAUCGAUCAACAAUCUAAUCUGAUUUUAAGGAUGUUUAACACGAAAGGCGUAAAGAAUCCUAAUCCAAGUACCAGCUCAAUCAGCAAAAAUGGCAUCAUAUUGUUUAGUGUGUUGUCGAUUAUCUUUUGUGCAUUAACUACUUUUGCAGAUAUCAUUGGAUCCUUCAGUGCUCAAUUCGGUUUUGCAAUCGUUGUAGUUGCCAUGAUUGCCUGCAUUCUAUCUAUUGGACGUCAACCUGUUUCUCGAACUGAGCUUACUUUCAAAGUUCCUUUGGUACCUACUCUUCCUUGCCUAUCAGUCCUCAUAAACUUGUACCUCAUGUUCCAACUCGAUGUUUACACAUGGAUCCGUUUCGUCGUGUGGGUGAUCAUUGGCUAUAUCAUAUAUUUUAGUUACGGCAUUGAGCAUUCUGUAGAAGGAAAUCAACGUAAAGGUGAAGAACUCAACAGAGAAAUGAUAGGAGCUAGCAAAAACAACUGUACAAAUAAUGAAAUUUGCGGCACAUAUAAGGUUACUCUUAAAGAGUAAGACGCCAUAAAUUGCGCCAUUAGUUAUAAAAAGUUUUAAAUAUAUAAAGCAUUUUAUUUGUGAUAGAUAUAAACAGUCAGGGCAAAUAUUAUAUGAAAUUUUGAGACGUCAAUGUUCAAUAAUUACCAAUUGAAUAAAUAUAACUAAAAAUUA